GCUCCGGUUUUGGAUCAGCUGCUCUCUGCGGGUCUCGGUGCAGCAGCGCAGCGGGACUCGGCUGCCAUCCUCUGCGGCGCUCCAACUCGUCACCGGGAUGCGGAAGCGCAGCAGCCCGCCGUGCGCGGAGCAGGACAGCGACGCGGCGGAGAACCGGCGUCCCGUGGACGGCGGCCGGCGGGACCCGCAGGAGGACGGCAGCAUGGGGAAACCGUUCCGGAGGCUCGGGCUGCUGGGUAAAAUGAAGAGGAUCCUCUUUGUGCUGAUGAUCAUCUACCUGUCCAUACCUGUCAUCGUGAAGAUGUUUCCCUCCAUUCAGGCCAAACUCGUCUUCCUCAACUUUGUUCGGGUGCCGUUCUUUGUGGACCUGAAGCGCCCGCAGGACCAUGGCUUAAACCACACCCACAACUUCUACCUGGAGCCUGAGAGCGGCCUGAAGACCGGAGUCUGGCACACGGUUCCCGAUCAAAUGUGGAGAGAAGCUCAGGGUAAAGACGGCGCCUGGUACCUGUCCACGCUCAGCUCCGCCCACCCCGUCAUCCUUUAUCUCCACGGUAACGCCGGGACCAGAGGAGGGGACCACAGAGUGCAGCUGUACAAGGUCCUCAGCUCGUUGGGUUACCAUGUGGUGACGUUUGACUACAGAGGUUGGGGGGAUUCGGAGGGUUCGCCGUCAGAAGGCGUGAUGACAUCAGACGCCCUGUUCAUCUACGAUUGGCUGAAGCAGCAGAUCGGGAAAACGAAGCGUCUCUACAUCUGGGGACACUCUCUGGGAACAGGAGUCGCCACAAACCUGGUGAGACGACUGUGUGACAGAGGAAGUCCUCCCGACGCUCUGAUCUUAGAGUCUCCGUUCACGAACAUCAGAGAGGAGGCCAGGUGCCACCCGUUCUCCAUGGUGUACAGGUAUCUGCCGGGCUUUGAUUGGUUCUUCCUGGACGCCAUCGCCGCCAACAACAUCCGCUUCGCCAGCGACGAGAACGUAAACCACAUUUCCUGUCCGAUGCUGAUACUCCACGCCGAGGACGACACCGUGGUUCCGUUCUACCUGGGAAAAAAGCUCUACAGCGUGGCGUCUCGCUCCCAAAGCCUCGCCGGCCACAAGGUCCAGUUCGUGUCGUUCCCGGCGUCUCUGGGCUACAAACACAAGUUCAUCUACAGGAGCCCGGAGCUGCCGAGCAUCCUCAGUGACUUCCUGGGCGUGGCUCACCCGGUCGCUCUGUGAUCCCCUCCCCCCCCCGACACGAUGGUUUUUAAAAGACUGAACGCGCUCUUCACCCCUCCCCCACUCUGGCUUCAGGGCACACAGGGUUAUCAUGGCGGCCGUUUCCACGGCGAUUCGGACUGUUCCUGCCGUAGAGCAGGGAGGACCCCCCCCCACCCCAUGGGACUGGACUCUGCAGGUUCUUGUUCGUCGCCUGUACUGACUUGAAUUCUAAAUUAAAUCUCUUUUAUGUAA